UUAGUGCUGUUACAGGAUACGUUUCGACUGAGAAAACGGUUGCGGGAACGAGCAGUGGAAAGUGUUCUGUACAGCAACGCAAUAUAAUGUUGGAGGAUCAGGAGAAACACGAUAACACGUUCGAUUUCUGUCGUUCGCUCUCUAUUUCUGAUUAUCCCAUAAUACAAAACUUCUUGAGCGAGAAUUCAUGAAUCUUGUGACUUUCUGACUAUGACUAAUACCUAUUCUUUAGUUGAUGGAUGAUAAGAAGUAUUGUUGAUAGUGGUUGAUUUUUAGGGUUUACUAAAAAUAAUAGAACUAAGCGAAAAACUGAGAAAAAAAACGAUGGAAUUUGAGGUGAGGGGAUUACCCACAAGUGAAGUGAAUUGAAAAAUCAACAUGACAAUGAGUACUUUUACCUGCAGUAAGAAAUAUCCAAAGGGCAGAAAAAUGAACAAUAAUAAUAUCAGUUCAAAUGACGUGUAAACGAACGUAAGCACCAACCUAUUCUUCAUGGUAGCAACAUCAAAUAACCACCUGAUACUUCUGCUGCCCAAUAUUGCAAACACUCUCUCUGGUACAGUGCAUUAACUAUCGGACAGUCAUUUAAGGUCGAAGAGCACCAAUUAGACCUGCAGGCGUGUCACAGGACAAACUUUCGAGGCAAUCAGCAAUUCCCAAAGUUAACUAGUCAAACGGGAAACUCCGUACAGUACCGUGACAGGUUUCCGAAAGCGUUAACAGUGUGCGAACUGUAGACACCUCCACGAGGAACACACGACGUUGGAAUAAACUCUACGGGAAAGGGACGCCUCAGUUGGACAUGAGAAGCGCGCGCAGUGGUGUGUGCUGUGGAGAAAUCAGUCGCAAUGGAUGGGGUUGUGCCGAUGCCCUAGAAAUGAUGAUGAAAAUGUCACUGCCUGUGAUGGUGACAGUGAUGAUGACAAUCGUCUGUCUGCCACAAUCGACGGUGGUGGCCAGGGUUGAAGACCGAGCCUUCUGGUACGCCCAAGCCAAGAGUCACCUGGACGACAUCCUGGCGGCGCGACGGGCGUCCAACGGCUACGCCAAGAACGUGAUUCUCUUCGUGGGUGACGGCAUGGGCGUGGCUACCGUGACGGCUGGGCGGAUCCUCAAGGGCCAGAAGGAGGGGCAUAGUGGGGAGGAGUACAAACUCUCCUUUGAGAAGUUCCCGUAUGUCGCCCUGGCUA